GUGUUCUAAGUAGGUAAUCCAGGCGAGGAAACAAGGAAAGAUAGAACCAGCGGAGACGGAAAACCCCGCCGCGAUGUUUCUCACGAAUGGCCCCCAGGGGGCAACCAAGGUAAUGGGGGGAACGCGCAAAACCUCGGGAAUGGUCAAGGUUAUGGCAGCGGAGGAGGUCACAGGGGAGGCGGGGGAGGAUCCGGGGGAGGUGGUGUCAUAUGCUAUAACUGUGGUAAACCCGGGCAUUACGUCCGGGAUUGCUGGUCCCGUAGGGCAACAAGCAGAGCUGAUGGAGGAGUCGAGGGAGAAUAACGCCGAGGCGGACAAAGCGAUCACAAUGAUCAAGGGGUUAGGAAAGAAACCGAAGAAGAAGAAAAGCAGCGGUGGGAAUGGCUCUACGAGAAACAGAAGAAACAGGCGAGGAAAGAAGAACAAUGGGACGCCUAGCGAAGGGACAAAUAUGGAUAGCAGUUCGGAAGAUGAGUCUACUGACACUUUGACCUCGGUGUCGGAGGACAGUGGAAGGAUCAUGCAUCGUGACUCUUCGGAUAAAAGAGUUACCAGGAAACACAAGAGGAAAGCCAGCAAGCGGAAAGCGAAGGGGAAGGCCCAUAUUGAAGUAACACCACCUAAGAGGUUUGAAAGAGGCGAGAGUUCGAGACAGAGGAAGGAGACGUACAACGAGAAGAUGAAACACAGAGAGAAGGAUGGAGACCGAGAAACCGAACCAGUAACACCUCUGACGGGGGGACACAAGAGAUUAGUUGCAGGCUGUUUCCAGAAGGGACUAAUUGAGUACUGUAUCUCGACGCAUAAGAUUUGCUCUGCCAAGAAGGCAGACGUAUUAAAAAAGUUAUGCGAGAGGAAGGGAAUCAAGUACACCAAGAAGCCGGAAGCGGUCGCGCUACUGGCUAGAUACCAAGUGGAGCUGGCGUAUGAUGGCUUUGAGGUUACUCGACAUACAGAGAACAAGAAUGCAGGUGAGAAGACCAAGGCAUCCCGAUCACCAAGGAAGGAGUUUACUAAAGACCGAACGACGAUGGAGAGACCGACCGUGAAGCAAGUUCCGGUUAUCAUACGUUCGGCACCAGUUCAACCGGCGGAUGACUGUGAAUGACGUUUAAAGGUACCAUCCAACUUCGUGCUGUGGGAUACACUGUGUCGAGGACUACAGAGGAGGGCUAAGCUAAGAGAAUUGAAUGU